AUUCUCUCCCUUCCUCAUCCUUGAGAAGACAAGUAAUUUGAUAUAGAUAAUACAUGUGUAGUCAUGCAAAACGGAAUUUUUACCCUUCAUUGUCAUUUUCUAAAGCAGGAGUUUCCAAUAACUGUGAAAUCUCAGGUAUAGUCCGGAAGAAAGAGAGAAAAUUAUGAGAAUCACUUUAAGAAAAAAUUUAAAUGAUCAAAAAACAUGCAAAACACAAGAUGGAUAUUCCAAAAUAAACUUGACUAUUAGUAAUGGAUAUUUGGGGUUUUUUUUGCUAUUAAUUUUUGGGAUUAAUCUUCAAAUGUCAUAUUCAGGCAUAUUUAUAAAACUUUAAAAAAUUACUCAGUGAAUACCAGUUAAUUUGCAUGAUUAAAAUGAAUAUUAUUAGACCCAUUACUAAAGCUAAGUGUUAAUGGUUAAACUCUUUUCCCCCCACUGGCUACUUAGACUUUCCUUCCUUCUCACCAGGACUAUUGCAAAAGCUUCUUAAUUCCCUACUACAAUUUCCCACCUUUCAAUCUAUUUUUCAGACCAUGAACAAAGCAAUUCUCCAAUGUAAAGGCCUGACUACAUCAUUCCCCUGUUCAAAAUCUAUUAGGCCAUCAUUGUUGCCAUUAGUUUAAAUACAAACUCCUUAUCCUGCUCUUUACAGCCCUUCAUAAUCUGGUUUCAACCUAGCUUUCUAGCUUUCCCCCACUCUUGUCUUGCCUUCUUUUCUUUAUGCAUUUGUGCAAAUCAUCAACUGUUCCUCCAACCGAUUCCCUCCAUAUAUCUGACAGUUGGAAAUCUUACCUUCUUUCAAGGACUUUCCAAGAUGGGGCCAUCUUUACAAAAUCAGCUAGAAAUGAUAGCUCCCCCCCACCAAAUCUUUUGGGUCUUUCUGUUGGAGUUUUCCUUUGUACUUAUUGUACUUUAACUCGGAUUAUGGUUAUUGUGAAUUUGGCUUUAUCCUUAGUAAACUUUUGGGGCAGAGAUAUGCCAUUUUUCAUUUUUAUAUCUCUAUUGCGGAGCAAAAUGUACUAUAGCUAGAAGGCACUCAACAAACAUUUGUUGAUUGAAAUGAACUCCCUUUGAGGAUAGAUUGCAACUUUUUGUCUUUCUUUCUUAUCCCCAGCUUUUAGCAUAGUGCCUGGAACAUAGUGAACAUUUAAUAAAAAUACUCCUUGACAAUGACUGCUUGAAAAGGAGUACAUUUCCUUUACAAAACCUUUUCUAAACGAGUAAAUUCAGUUAUAUUAAAUUCUGUAAUUUUCCUUACAUCACAUUUAUAAAGUUUUGAAUAGGAAGAAGUGCAUAAGAAUUGUGAGCUCUUCUGGGAUGGCACUGAGUAGAACCCUUUAUCAGGGAGGCCCAAGGUGCCAGUAACAGCUGUGAGUCAUUAUAUUCUCCUCAGUCCUUCACACCUCUGAGUUUCACCUCAUUGUGUAAGUGGUGGGCAAGUCACACACUUAAUGAGGCUCAUUGAGAAGAGGGGCCAACACCAGGUCACAUCCAAAAACCUGAAAUUAUAUUCUUCAGGGUUUUAAAACUUUUUCUUUUUUGGGGCUUGAAUGUCAUGUUGGACUUUAAUAAAUGCUUGUUGAAUUAAAGAGUAAACAAUAAUUCAAGAGAAUUGUGAGCAAGCUAGUGAAUGGCAAAGAUUUUUCUAUUAUCUAUUUCAAUAGCAUUUAUGUUUUCUGUGCAUAUUGAGUAUAUUCCUCAGAGGGAUAGAGACAAGACUUGUGAAUAUGCUAAUAUACUGAGCUCCCAAGUGAGGAAACCAGUCUUCAAAUCAUGGUUGAUGUUGUUUUAGCAAUUUGUGUAAUCUUAUAAAGUUGCCAAAAGUACAAAUGAUUUUCCCAGGCUCAUACAACUAGAACCUAUCAGAGGUGAGACUAGAAUUAAGUUCUUUUUGGGUUCCAGGCUGGCCUUUGAUUUACUUUGCCACAUUGACUCUCAUGAGUUUUAAAACAAUGAUAGCAAAAGCCUCCCAACUUUGAAAAUUUUUUGAGACUGUCAAUCUAACUGAAAUACAUAAAUAGUAUAGAGGUUGGAAGUAUAGGUAUACCUUACUUUCCAUAAUAGAUAGAUGUGUUUCUGGAAAGUUGAACUAUAAAUUUGAAUAUUUUAAAUACACUAGAAGUCAGUGCUGAAAGGAAUCCUACAGUAACCAUUUUGGAAAAUGAAUAUUCUGUAAAACAAAUAACUACACCUAAAUUACUUUGUAUUUGUAACCUGGGCUUCUUUGUUUUCAUAAAGCAAGGUUUCCUCUUGACACAGUUUGUAUUUGUAUUUUCUCAUUUCAACAUUUAACUUGAGAUUCUAACUUUGGUGCAAAAUGUAUAAUAUGCAUAAAGAAAGAGUUGGUAUGAUCUUGGUCAAGUCAUUUACCCUCUUUCUUUCUGUUUCCUUCUCUGUAAAAUGAGGAAAUUGGGCUAUGGAUCUCUAAGUUCCCUACCAGAUCUAAAAUUCCGAAUUGUAGUAUAUCUGAAUUUGAUUUUCAUUUAUAAUAUUUUGGGGAAAGGGUGAGGAAGAUACAAGUAGGCAUUCAAAAAUUUUUUUUCUUAUUUAGCAAACACUUUAAUGUCAUACUAGUGCUUUUGGUCCUUUUUUUUUUCCCUUUUCCAUUAUAAUGAUAUCUACAUUUCAUGUGACUGAUUAGUCUCUGUUACUGAAAUAUACAACCAUAAGAGUAUCUAUGUAUGGAGGUGGGAGGAGUAAAUUCAGAUUGAUAAGGCUGUAGUAGCACAGAAGGUGGUGAUGGCCUUGAAGUCUGACUUGGGUCUGGGCAAGUCCCUUAGCCUAUAAUUGCCUCAGAGACUAUAGUAAACCAUGAUCUUCUAGGACUUACCUACUAUAGCAUUGAUAGGUUCUUGACUUUCUACCAAGCACAUCCUCAUGACAAUAGUAAGCAGUUCAUAUUUCCAGAAGUAGUUUGUCACUGUUGCUUCUCCUAGACCUCUUCCAUCCCAUCCCAAAUCAUUAACAAUGUAUAAAGAACUGGUUGCUCUGCAGACUAGUGUGAGAAAAUCUAUGGCCUUCUGGGGAAGGUUUAGUCAAGCUUAGUUCAAUGGAAAGGCUAAGCCAGUAACUGAGUAACACCAACACCAUGUUAAAAAGAUGGACCAAAAUUUUAACCGGUUUUUAACAUUAAAAUUGCUGAAUCACAAAUCUCCUUAUUUAAUAUUGCUAUUAUUGCUUAUAAUAUUAGAGGGAGGAUAUCAGCAGUUCAGCAAAAUGAAUGUCCACAGUAAUAGUAUAUGCAUUAUAUACAAACUGGCAAUUUAGCAUGUCAAUAUUUAUUAUUCUUAGUUCCUCUUUAAUUUCCUUAAACCCAGAUGGUUAAUGUAACUCUUAGAGAAAUGAGGAGGAGUGAGGAGAACAACCAAGGAUAUAUUUAGUGCAAAAUGAAUUUUCCUACCCAGAAAUGGUUUGACUCAAUCAUUGAAUAGAAGAAAUAUUGCGUUUUGAAUUCAGAUUUGUUGUUCAGUCAUUUUUCAGUUGUAUCUGACUCUACAUGAACCCAUUUGAGGUUUUCUUGGCAAAGAUAUCGAAGUAGCUCUCCAUUUCCUUCUCCAGCUCAUUUUACAGAUGAGGAAACUGAGGCAAACAGGGUUAAAUGAUUUGCACAGGGUCAUAGUGCUAAAUAAGUGCCUAAAGCCAGAUUUCAGCUCAGAAAGAUUAGUCUUCCUGUCUCCAGGUCCAGUACUCUAUCCAUUCUACCACUUAGCUGCUGCUUUGAAUUAAAAUAGCCCACCUACAGUUUUUAGGAGAAAAACCAGCAUAGUUUUAAAAAUUCAUAGUUGUUAUUUCUUGGUGUAGGGCUUGCUCUGUAAGACCCUCUUCAAAUUACUUAACCUCUGCACUUCAGACAACUCCUUAGCUAAGUAUUUAGCAUCAAUCUCACUGGAUUGUUGGGAGGAUCAAAUAGGAUAAUAUUUGUAACCGCUUAUCUCAGUUUCUCAUAUGUAGCAGGCUUAAUAAAUGCGUGCUCUUGCUCCCCCCACCUCGAUUCUUCAAUUGAGAUUUCCAUCGGUGGAGGAAGUUCCCAAAAUAAAAAAGGAUUUUAACCCCCCAAAAAGGGUUUUAAGCAUAAACUCGUUUUUUUUAAACAAUUAAAUGGGGGAGGGAGGCAUAGGGAAGCAAGGGAAGAAAAACCAGACAACGUAGCUUAAAUAAUGUACACAGACAUCCCAAGACUUAUGAUUCCUCUGACUUUCUUCUUCAUGCCUGGGCUACUUCUCAUCUUGUUCAGCGUUGUUUUUUUUUCCCCCCAUGACAGAUGAUCACCAUUGUCCAAUGAUAUUAAAGAAGCUACCCGUGCAUAGUUCUGAGAUGGAAAGGUACAAAUCAGAUUAAAUGGCAGCCUCCCUUUCCUCAAGGAGUUUAAUCUGCCUUGUCUUUGCCGGGGUUCUUUAUUCAUAUGCUUGCCUAGACCCUAUGAAAGGGGUCAAGAAAGCUGCUUUUCAUUUAUAUUUCCAAUCCUAUUCUCAAAGCCCUGGAUGCCUAGCUGAAUGCAGCUGCCCUAGUGGAGAAGCUGAGACUAGGGCGGUUCGGGUGGCCCCCAGACACUACUAGCUUUUUGCAAAAAUCCACAAAACGUGUAGAUUCGCUUAAUCUUUCCUCCUCCCCUCUUCACAUGGAACUAGGCUAGUGUGGUCGCCAUGUGUCUAUUUAAGAGCGAUUAACACUUGCUUGCUAAAAAUCCCUCCUUGGGCCAUUUGGGAGCUGCACGCGUUCGCACCCCCCCUUGUUUACCCGAGCUGGCCUUCACGCUCAGCCUUUUUGUUUACCCCGCUGGCUCGAGAUCUGGGAUGGGAUGGGGAGGGGGGCAUUUCUAAAUAUGCAUCUGGUCACCCUGGCUAUAUAAAGAAGACCAGGGCUGUUGCGGGCUGUGGGAGAAAGAGCCCCAGCCUUAGUGAACCGGUGUGUACAUGGAGAGCUUGGAGAGCUCGGAGCCCCGACCUGAGUGGGCCAACUGCUGCCGCUUGCUUCCCGAAACCCCCGCUUCCCAGACCCCGAGCCCCAGGAACGACAACUCUGGGUCGACCGCUUUUUGGAGACCUUGGCUUGGCACUGCUAGAGAAGAAGAGAAAAUGCAGCCCAACCAAAAAGAUACGGUGUGUGAUGUGCCUGGGAUGACAGAAACCUCUGGAAAACUUUCCCAAUAUAAACAUCCAGUCAGACUAUUUUGGCCCAAAUCAAAAUGUUAUGAUUUCUUAUAUCAAGAAGCAGAAUCUCUUCUGAAAAAUUUUCCAAUUCAAGCUACAAUUUCAUUUUAUGAAGAUUCUGAUAGUGAAGAUGAGGAGGAGGAGCUGAUUCAGGAUUCAGGAACUGAAUUGGAUUGAUUCUUUUUGAAGAAAUUCAAAGUUUAUAGCAUUAAAAUUUUAAUGUACAAAUGUAUCAUAGUGGUUUUAAAAUAUAAUUUAUUUGUAUAUAAGUUAUUAAUAAAAUGUUAAAAUAUUUUGCAA